CUAAAAAUGGCCGACAGGUGUGAAUUUUCUUCCUGGCUGUGAAAGGUUGCAAUGUUUGGUGUACUGUUGGAGGAGUUGGCAUGGUUAACACUUUGGUUUAAAUUCUGAGGUUUACAUGGCAAGAGCAGAUGAUGAACCAUGAGUGAAAGAGGGCAACCGUGUCCCCGUGACCUAUUGAACCUUCCUUACUUCUACACCAACUUCAGGUCAUCAGAACAGGUGAAGCAAUUCUUGUACCGCCAUAGGAAUAGACCUGGCUCCUAUAUUCUGAGACCAAGUUUUUCAAAGCCUAAUUGUGUGUCGGUCUCUGUAGUGCUCUCCACAGGAGACAUUCGGCACCUGAACAUCCACCUUGAUACAGCUCAGUCAGAGUAUUACCUGGUGCCAGAAUGCAAAUUUCUCAACAUACCUGCUCUCCUGGAAUACUAUCGGGUUAACCCUGUCCACAAUGAAGAGCAGGUCACAAAUGUCCGCUUUCUUAAUCCUGUAAAAAGACAUGCCAGGCAUAAUACGGACCCUGCACUGACCACCAGUAACUACAUGAGCCUGGUCAUGUCAGAGGGGCAGUCAUCCUCACAGAUGAAUGGCAGUAGCAGGAAUCGGUCUGGAAGCGACUUUGGGAUACAGACUCAGGGCCACUCUCCGCAAAGAAUUUUGUCUACGCGAAGUGAAGGGAGAAUACAGCCAGACAGAGGCCGAUCAGAGCGGAUGACCAGAUCUGGUAGUUUGCCGGACAACCCGUCAAGACGCUCUCCCCAUGACAAGUUACCUACUGUUCCAAACGUAGCGCCAGGAAAUGUUCUGUCACAUCGCCCGCCAGCUGCUCUGCCUAAUGGGCACAUCCAUGAAUUUGGAACAGAAUACUCACAACCACGUGCUUCAGAUGUGGACAUGUCCCAUCGACUACAAGCAACGCUUCGGGAAAAUGAAAUAUCUGGUAUUUGCGACUGCGGGCUGCCAACAAAAGAGUCACAGUUACCAGAAGGAUGGUCAGUUCACCAGACAGCAGUUAAUUCCAGCAACCGUUUGUUUUACCAGAGUCCUGAAAGUCGAACAUUCUGGGUACUGCCUGAACAAAUUGCCUCCCAGCUUACAGAAGAACACAAAGAAAAUAUUAAAAAGCUUGAGGAAAUAUGUAAAGCUGCCACUCCAAUUGAAGAAGAAAAAGCGUGAUCUGCUUCUUUCAAGUUUGUGGUAGAGUAUGUGGUGUAAGACAUGAAAAUAACUUUAAUUAAUGAAUUUAAUAAGACACUUUUUGUGUAAGCAAGGUGAUCAUGUGGAAUAUAAUAAUGUGUAACAGUGCUGCAUUUAUGAGAAAACAACAAUAUGCACUAAGGUAGUAAAAGGAUCAGACUGUCGACACAUAAGAACUCUUGUUGCUUUAAGAGCUUGUUGAGUUUUCCCCUGCCUUCUUUUUAUUUACAACAGUGUACAUGUGGUAUGAAAAUACAUAUUUGCUCAUGCUUAAAUAGGUACCCAAUAAUGUGAUAAUUAGUUUAUGUUUUAUGUACUCCGACUAAUGUUAAGCAGUGCAUCAUUAAUUUCAUAUUCUAAUCAUGCUAAACUUUGUGCUGAUAAUUUCUUUUGUUGAAAGUGUGCUACAGAACAUAAUGUAAGUUAAGCUAUUCAGGUCUUCAUGCAAGUAUUGGAGCAAACAUAAAACUGAAACCAGACUAAUAUAAUGUGAAUAUAUUAUGUUGUUAUUGUUUCAAAAUCAAGAAUAAAGUUUCAGAAAUUUAUAAAGCGAGACGCAUCAUACAUUUUUCAAAUGAAUGGAAUAACUUUAACACUGAAAAUAGUACAGGUUUGAGUCUGAUAUUUACUGAAAGGUAUUUCAUAUGUAAAGGUUUAGCAUUUUUACGUGAUUUUCAUUGAUUCAUCAAUCAUAGGGGUCCAUUUAAGAGGCCAGUUAUGACUUUUGUCGGAGAAUUUCACUAUAAUUCAAAUGGUAUAAUUACACUUUUUUUGUUGAGAUCAAACAUCUUAACUUUAUUAUGAUACAUAAUCCCAUAUUUCUUGAAACCAUUAUUAUUCAUGGCUAGAAAAUAGUAUUGUAGGACACAAAUAAGCAAUGAACCAGGAGCCUUUCACCAAUGUACUUGCUGUGUUUUCAAGUGCGUUUGGAUAUGUCUGCCAGCAACCAGCAGAUGGUUGUAGAUUUCCACAGCACUCUGCCUCCCACCACCCCCCCCCCACCCACCAUUAUGCUGGCCACCGUCAUAUAAAUGCAAUAUUCUUGAGUAGUAAAACACCAAUCAAAUAAAUAAGCAAAACAUCCAGGAAUUGUAGCUUAUCUAUAUGGAAAAAUGCAGUUCAAAUUAUAGGAGAUCUAGGUCCUCAUUUAGAUAUUACUUCUAAAUACAUGUAUACAGUCAAUUUUGGUGUUCACUCCUUUUAAACUGAUCUAAUUGCCAUAUUGCUUUAUAGCACAUAGUUGGAACUGUGUACAAUAUUGUUUUUAUACAUAGGGAAGUGGCAGAAAGUAAGCAGGUCUGUACAGCACAAAAGAUUUUGUAGAAACUAGAGGGAACAAAAUUUAGUGAAGUUUCUGGCACGCAUACAGUGUAUUCUUGUAAAUUAAAAUAUACUGUCUGUUUUCUGUUUUUCUGAAUGAAAAAUGACUGGUACCCUUGUAUUUACUCAGCUGAUCACUCAUUUUCUGCCCUAAUUAUAUAUUUUUUUUAGUUUCUAUAGACAAAAAUUGUGAUAAUGUGUAAUGUACAUAUUUUUUUGUUUACUUUUAUAAUUAGUAUUACUUUUUCUCAGAUUUUAAUGUUCAGGGUCCUUCAAUGCUUAAAUCAUCAUUGGGUUGCAUAUACUCAAAUGUAGCACAAUUUUAGCCCUGUGAAUGCUUGUUUGUCACAUGUAUUUACCUUAGUAUUGCUAUUUGUGAAUGACUGCUUUUGUAUGAUGUAUUUUAUAUUUAAAGUUUUUAUCAAUUUAGUGUAAGCUGGCAUAUGGAAGUCUGGUCAGAAUGCUGUUAAAAUUGUUGGAAAUAUAGAUUCUAAUUUAUACAGCAUAAGUCUAAACUGUAUAUAUAAAUAUUGGGCAGAAAAAUGUUUCGCGUUGCACUUAUAUAUGUGUCUACUUACGGUAUAAUCAUUGUGUAUAGCUAACUUAAUAAGGCUCUUCUGACUUCAUUUCUACUUUUUAUCAUUUUUGGAAAUGCAAUUGGAAGAUGCUCAAUCAAGCAUUGCUCUGACUAGUAUUACUAAGUGUCAUUAUCAGAAAAGGAAUGGGAUGUUUGCAAUUUGUUAAAAGGGAAGAUGCAUGUAUGGAUACAAACCUCAGUUUGUGCACACGGGCACCUAAUGUGUGUCUCAGACAUGCAGCAUCAUUUGAGUAAGCCGGGAUUGGGUUGUAUUAGUUAAGUCUGCCAGUACUUACAGACUAAUACUUGAAACAAGUGAGUUUAAUUAAGAGUGUGGACCCGAGUAAAUUCUGAUAGAUAAUGAACAGUUACAAGUGAUUGGAUUUCACUUGAGUUUCACAAUGUCAUUCCAUCUAAAACUUUAUAUAUCCUGUCCGUUUGGUUUCACCUUCACAAUUUUCAGUCUGUGUGAAGUACGAUUUUGAGUCAGAUUAGAAUUUAAUGGUUUUGAAAUAAUCCUACUCAAACCUUUGCGGUUUAGCCACCUGUUGUAAUACACAUGCACAAUCUAAAUUUCGAAUGGAUCAUUUAACCAAUUACCAAAUUUUUGGAACUGAAAAAAAAUCUUCUUUGAAGAUGUAUAAUUUUCUUGUUGUAUAUAAGCCAUCAGUUAAACUGGAUGGGUUCAGGUAGAAAACAGAUUCCUUGUGUUAGCUUAAGGUAAUGUGUUUGUGGUUAUCUUAAACUGGUGUUACAAAACCAAAUGUGAAUAGAUUUGGACCAAACAUUGUUACAUACAUUCUUGUUUGUAGUUGACAUAUAGUUUAUUCAACUGUUACAGAAGUUUUGUUAUCGAAUUACUGCUGCAUUCUGUCGUCAUAACAUGCAUGUUGGGUACUGUAAAUACAUGAUAAUAUUGAAUACAUGCAAUUUCUUUGUUCGCCACUGUUAUGUACAUUGUUUAUGAUCUACAUAGAUCACAUUCCAUACCCCCCUACCCCUCUUCUUUAGGUACAAUUUUUUUGUGUAUUUUUUUUGUACUGUUUCUGAUUUGAUUUCAUUGUGGGUGUUCGAAUCCAGUUUUCACUGCUUUGACCGUCAGGAUUUUGACAGGGUUAUUAUGCCUUAUGGAGGGUAAUGAUUUACUCCAGGCAUUCCGAUUUUCUCCACCAAUAAACCUAACUGCUCGUAGCUCAGAAGGAUUUGUUCUUCAUCGGGAGUGCAAAAGCUUUGGGAUCGAGAAUAUGUAGAUCCGACACUUAGGACCUUCAAAAGGCCUUACUUCAUGUUUUGUAUCCUGUACUGAUUAGAACAAACAUUGCCCCCCCCCCCCCCCCAAAAAAGCAAAAAUUGAUUUAAUUAGCAUAUAUGAGUACAUCAACUAAAUCAGUGCCAUAAUGAACUCCAAAUUAUGGUAAUAAUCGAAAAAAAGUACCAAAAAUACAAUCCAACUCUCAAAAAAUAAUCUGUUAAAUUUAAUAGAUAGUCUGUUAUCUGAUUGAUACUAGAAUGUAUUCUUUUAUUGCAGCAAAUUGUUCUGUUCAAUAUGACACACAUAUUAUGUUCAAUAUAGUGAUUCUAUUAGACUAACAGGAUAUCAUAUUGAAUAUAACAGAAUAUUGUGUUAUAAUAAUAGGAUACAUUCUACCAUCACUCAGACAACAGACUUUCUGUUAAAACUAACCUGUUGAUUUUUUGAGUGAAUGUGUAUGGUAAUUAAGGAUCAGUUUAUUUUGUGUCAGUUUCAUGAGCUUGAUUAAGUACAUUAACGUAACCAAUGCUAAAAUGAAUUUUCUCUGGUGCAGCUGGAUUUGGGAUUGGGGCUUAAAAACAAGAGAUAACUCUCCUGUGAUCAAAACAUUCUCACAGAAGACAUUGUUAAAACUGCAUGUAGAACAGAAUAA